CUCCCCUGAGCUGCAGCCAGAACUGACCAAAAAAAGUCUAAAACGGAUUGAGCUGCAUUCAUCUUCCGAAGUCUUACUCUUCUUUGGCAAUGUGGGGCAGUCGCAUGGCACUACGGAGGCUCCAGAAAAUCGCUGUUGCUCCCCUGAGCGUCAAAGAAGGUAUAACUAGUAAAAUCCAGAGAGAGAUGUCAACCCUCCAGCGGGUGUACGUCACCCGACAGAUCCCACCUGAGGGACUGAGGAUCCUCAAAGAAUCGGGACAGGUGCAGUUUGAGCUGUGGGACUCGGAUGACGUCCCCGUGUCAAGGGCAGAGCUGCUGAAAAAGGUCAAAGGGGUUGAUGGUCUGCUCUGCGUGCUGACGGAGAAGAUUGAUGCUGAGCUGUUGGAUGCUGCAGGUCCGAACCUAAAGGUUCUCAGUACCAUGUCUGUGGGUUUUGAUCAUCUGUCUUUAGAUGAGCUGAAGAAAAGAGGAAUCCGUGUAGGAUACACCCCUGAAGUUCUAACUGAUGCUGUUGCUGAGCUGACCGUCGCUCUGCUGCUGGCGACCUCCAGGAGACUUAUCGAGGCCACGCAUGAAGCCAAGACUGGUGGCUGGGGAACAUGGAGAACUCUUUGGCUGUGUGGACAUGAACUGGCCAACAGCACUGUGGGUAUCCUGGGUUUGGGAAGGAUUGGUGUAGCUAUCGCAGAACGCCUGGCACCCUUUAAAGUGAAAAAGUUUAUCUACACAGACGUGGCUCCCAGGCCGGAAUUGGCCAGAGCCAUCAACGCGGAGUACGUCUCGUUUGAUGAACUAGCAAAGCAGUCGGAUUUCCUGGCUGUGUGCUGUGCUUUAACACCUGAGACUAAGGAGAUCUGCAACAAAGAACUCUUCUCCAAGAUGAAAAACACCUCUAUUUUCAUCAACACAAGCAGAGGUGGAGUAGUGAACCAGGAGGAUCUGUAUGAGGCUUUGUCAACUGGUCAGAUAGCAGGAGCUGGACUGGACGUCACCGUCCCAGAACCUCUGCCCACCAACCACCCACUGUUUACCCUCAAAAACUGCGUGAUUCUCCCACACAUUGCAAGUGCAUCUUACACCACCCGCAACGCCAUGUCCGCACUGGCGGCAAACAACCUCCUCCUGGGCCUGCGGGGCGAGCCAAUGAUCAAGGAGCUCAAGCUGUAGGAGGCUACAAUUUAUGAAUUCUUGGGAGAAAUUGUUUAUCUUUGUGAUAUGAUUAAAAUUCUUGGUGCUACAAUGAGAAAUUCAUGAUAAAAAAAAGAACCCUGCAAACUGUCA